AAAAAAAAAAAAAAAAAGGAAAAUUAAAUAAUGGUCAAUGGAACUGAAGCUCAGCCAAUCUUCUCUUCCAACCGCCAUUUUCACUUCUUCUUCUCCUUCUUCUCUCCAGCAUUUUCAGCAAUGGAAGCUUGAAAUUGAAAGGAUAUCUCGGAAGGGGCAAGGCAUGAUGAACAAGGAAAGCGCAAACCAUGUGGUUAAAGAUGAUAGAGGUGAAACCCUAACUUCCAUUUCGAAAUUGUAUGGAGUGUCGAUUAUUGAAAAUUGCUGUCUUUCUGCUGCUGCUAAUGAUAAGGAGAUGGCUGAUGUUGAUUUGGUUUCCGAUGGGCAAAAUCGUAAUAGCGCUCGAGUGUGCAACUUGGAAGGAACUAAAUUGCACGAACAUCAUCAAUUGUCUAAUACAACUGUUAGCAAACAACCGAAUCAGAUCUUCUAUUUGUUAUCAUCCCAUCAAUUACCACUUGUAGCUAAAGCGGGUGGUUCUUUUCUAGUUCUGGUUCCUCUGAUGGCGUUUUGCAUCAGCUGCAUUAUCGGCACUUUUCGAAAUAGAGUUUUGAGAAAUCCGAGACAUAAAGCUUCAAAUAAAUAUGGAGUGCAACACCAUAAUAAGUCACAUAAUAGCCCGAGAUGGAAAAAUGUUCUGGAUGCUGAAUCUGAGCCAGAUAAUUCUCAUCCAUUGUAUGAAGACCAGGAACAAGUGAAUUUCGAAGAUGCAUCUCAUGCUAAUACUAAACUCGAAGAUGACUAUCAAAAGUUUUUGUCAGAAUGUGGAAUGAGCAAUUGGGGCUACUGGCGCGGUGGUUCACCUAAAUAGGCACUCGUUAAAAGUCCUUUUUUUUUCAUUUUUCUUCUAAUAUUUAUUUGGGAUGUCAAAUGUAGAAUUAGUACCACCAAGCACAAGGUUAUAAAAUGUAUAGUUUUUCUCUUGCAAGAAAGAAGUUGAUUUUCAUGUGAUUACGACACAGUUCUAGUAAUAGUUAUCGUCAUUCUCUUACGAGUUGUAAUUGAGAUUCUCUUUGAAUGAAAUGAGUUUCAAAAUUUA